AUGAGCAACGAUCGUUUCCGAGUGCCAGAGGGCCUCCGGCCGCUCCUCGAGGCGCUGGCCCGCGAAUCCAUCCGGGCCCAGCCGAAGGACCUCGUCACCUUUGGCCAGCUCUUCUUCGACAACCUUGCCCACCACCAGAAGAGCAAUCCGAAUACCGACAUCAUCAGCGAGCCGCUCGCCUACGAGAUGUUCCGCACCGAUUUGCAGCGACGGCACGCCGAGGUGCAAUCGAGACAGCCCGAACGGCCCGAAUCUCCGAUGGACAAGGCGGCCAGCAAGAUUCAGGCGGCUUUCAAGGGCCAUUUGGUCCGCCAACACCCCGAACGCUUUGGCAUCAAGCCGACGAUGAGCCGCACGGCUAGCAGCGGCAAGAUGGACAUCGGCAAUGUGGAUAACAAGAAGGACAUGAAGCGCCACAGCGUUGGCGGAUAUACCUUGGAGUCGGACUCGCCUGAAGAUCGUGCUGCUACCAAGAUUCAGUCCGAAAUCCGCGGCUUCCUCGCCCGCAAGAAGGUCGAAAAAAUGAAGAAAGAAGACAACACCGCCGCCACCAAAAUCCAAGCCCACAUUCGCGGUUUCCUGACCCGAAAACACCUCGAGGAGCAGGGCAUCACAUCGCCACGCGGCUCCUCCGCACACUCUUCCCGAUCAGAUUUGGAUAAGAAU